GCCAAGUUCAGAGUGAUGUUGUCGUUGACCUCGCCAAGGUGGGGAAGAACGAUAAGGAGAUCAAAAAGCUUCUACUGUGGACGACGCUGAUCCGUCCUCGACGCCAACCUUGUCGGUGAAGAUUUCUACCAUUUUCAACUUAGGCGCCGUCCAGUAGCCUUUUUAAUCUAAGUUUCUUCGAGCUUUAGUAAGGUCAGGUGAGGUCAACAUGCUUGUUAGACGAAAAUGAAAUAGCUAAAUCAUGGUUAGGUUUAGCGGAAGUGGAAUUUCGCAAAAACUUCUCGAGCUAGGCCGUGCCAUCAUGCUUCAACACUUUCAACUUAAGGUGGUAAACCAAUGACCGAAUACAUAUUGGUUUUGAAAGCAUGUAGUACCAAUUUGUGGAUCGUCUUUUUUGACCAACAUGACCAAAUAUGACUAACAAACAACCGAGAGAUGCAAACACAAAAACUUGUUUUUAUAAAUAACGGAGGAUCCAUUCAAAGUUGGGGUUGUACCUCAACCUAACGGAGGAUCUAGGAGAAGGGAGCGAAAAAUGAUGAGCAAAGAGCCCACCUGCUUUUCCUUCACUUCCACGUAAUGGUGUGUGCAUAUGUAGAGGACGGCUGGGUAAUGAGUGACACGAAGCAGGUGAUAGAAUGAUUCCAAAUACAAAGUAGUACUUACUGUAUCUGAUCUACCUCGAAUUAUGAGUUAGAGCCAAAGCCAGGUUGGUGUCAAACGAGGAAAUUCCGAUUUCCCGGACGACCGGAUUUCAGAAAUCCAAGCUCCUUUUCCCCGAGUUUUCGCUCUCCUCUGAGCUGAGCCCUCACUGUUGCUGAGUAUUUGUAUUCUCUUCCUGUACUACGUAUACUUCCUCUUGACGUCAAUCGAUUUCCGAGAUCGCAAUCAAGACAAGGAGACAGGGCAAACAUCCCUGGCUGAUUGACCCCUUUUCGUUCAUCAUGGAGAACCUGUUGAAUGAGGGUUUAUCCCAUGGGAAGAUCAUGUGCCUCCGCCCCAGCCCUCGUCAAGUACCACCUUGUGGAGGGAAUCAUCCAUCGAUCAACGAGCAAGCGAGCGAGCGGAACUCCCGUUUUGGUUGGCUAUUGAAAGGAGUCACAGGUACUUGAUCCAUCCAACCCCUGGCCCUCCAAGCACCUAUGAGGCAAAUAGAUGCAUAUGGGAUGGGAUGAUUUGCCAUCCAUCAAUUCAGUAUCACACCAGUGGUCGCUAGUAGCAGACUGGUGAAAGCACACGCUCCUUUGAAGCCAGGGGACGAGAAAAUCCCAAUCCUCUCGGAUAUUGUUGCAUGUUCUAGCAGAGGUGGAUGGAGUGAGCAGUCGGUGAUAUUUUCUCUGUUUGAACAUGUGUCACUUUAAAAGGUCCCAUUAACCGAGGAGCACCAACCGAGAGCUCACAAUUCGGAGAACAAGUGUCACAUCUCGUUCAAGGGGCCAAAAGGAUCAGGUCGAGGUCCCCAAAUCAGAGGGAGAUAGAGGUAACCUUUUCACAUUGUAAACGCUCCGUGAAUCAAGUCAAUCCGUGGCACGAUGAGAAAACUGGUCAAAAGAAGGAUUUCGACCAACACCACCACCCCCACCACGACCACCACGGACCCAAGAGCGCUCAAGGAAAGCCCGGAUGCAAAAUCCAGACGGACCGCCUCACCUUUCAUCUACGACAAUGAAGCCACCGACGUUGUGAAUACGGUUCAAACAGCUGAUACGACAGUCCACGACUACGACUUGCCACGGGAACUUCCUGAUCCAAGCGGUUCCAGGCCCCUGUCCGUGGAUGGUGUGGCCCAUGUUCAAAGGAAUGAGGAGCUCCCCGCGGAAGAGGCCACGGCCUUGGUCUCCAUGCCUGAUGGAGCCACGGAGGUCAUCUACUUUCCACCCGGGAAAGGCGAGAUCAAGGAGAUCCCCGGAAUGGGCUCUGUGCUAGAGACCACCCAGCCCGAUGGUCGGGUGGUUCGAUACCCGGUGAUUGGGCACGCCCUCGACGAGGACGAGGAAGCCCGUCAAAUGGCCAUUAUCAACGAAACGGCCACGAAGCUGCCCAGUUUCAACAAGAUCUUGCACUCCAGUUCUGAUCAAGCCGAGGAUCAACGACGGAAAGAGGACGGGGCCCCGACAUUCACGGAGCUGACCGUCCCCACAUCCAUGCAAGGUGAAGAUGUUCUGUCCCCGAGUGCUGCCCACGCUAAGGUCUAUGCCGACUUGGAUGCAGCCCAACCCACCACCUCCAUGGGCACACUCGACCUCCAAUCUCAGCCGCCUCAUCACUCGGAAGGAGAGCAUUCCUACCUUCCUUGGAACUACUACAACCACGAGGACCGGCCGUCGCCCAUUGAAGCCCAGGGCCUCUCGGGUCACCCGUACGACCCACAAUACGCCAGCUCCUCCUCUGAUCUCUAUGGCGAAGACAUGACUGGAUUAGGCCAGGGGCCCGCUCAAUACAGUUUGAGACCUGAUUUAGGCAACCCGCCUGAGGCCUCUUCCAUGGUCUGGCCAGGACCGCCCAUGCAUCCGAAUACCGACAACCAUUGCAUCUUGAUUCAGCGAGUUCCUCAGCGAGGCCGGAAAAGCAAAGGAACAGGGAAAACAGGAGCCAAUCGCUUUGAUGAUGAGGUGAAGCGUGAACAAUACAAGCGCUCCGCUUGUGACAGAGAACGAGCUCGAAUGAAGGACAUGAACAAGUCGUUUGAGUUGCUUCGGAAAAGACUCCCAUUCUGCAAACCACCCGGAAAACGCCUCUCGAAAAUCGAGUCUUUAAGAUUGGCCAUAAAAUAUAUCAAACACCUUCAGUACUUGCUCAGUUUUCCAAUUAGUCAAAAGAUCCCACCUCACAUUGUCGAAUUCGAUUCUACUCUACCCGCUUGGGUCAAGAACCCAUCGAUCCCAGGAGCCACCAUCAUCGGAGACUUGGAAGGGUCCGGGAACUACAUCCACACGGAUGAUCUGUGGAUCACCACCUCCGUUCGAGGUCCAACCAUGGAACAGCCCCUUGUAUACGAGGGUUACGCUUCGUAGUGUUUUUUCAUCCCCCCCCCCUUACCCGCCCCCCAACCCCUAACCCCUAAAACCGACUUUUAGUGCAAUAUUCCUAGCCUAAAAACUGCGGGUCACUGUGUCGACGCCGUUAUAGAAUUCGUAGAAAGAGUGUAUAUAUUUUUCUUCUCAGGGAACAUCUUUCAUAAUAAAUAUACAAAUACACAAGU